GAAGCUCAAGAGCUCCAUCGAGGAUAUCCUGGAGGAGAACAGCUCGGAGGCGGAGACCUCCAGCGCCGAGACCGAGGUCGCAUCGACUACGGGAUCCUUCGUGGUGAUUCCUCCGGCCGGACCGCCCUGCCCGGAUGGCCGGAACCAGUGCCACCACGGCCACGAGUCCGUGAUUCUGAUGUGCCGCAAGGAGGGACUCAACUACCAGCGCCAGUUCAGGCGAUGCCCGCUGUGGCGACAGCCGGAGAAGCGGUGCGACUACUUCCAAUGGUUGGAGUACCAGCCCUACUGGAAGGAUCCGGACCAGACCAAGAAGAAGAUCACGGACGACAUGAAGGAGCUCAACGAGGACCAGCGGAAGUGCAAGCACCCCGUGGUUUUGGGCACCGGGAGCAACGGCUACCAGAAGAAGAAGACAUGCAAGUUCUGUCUCUUGCCCCUGGAGAUCACGGAGGCGAAGACGGGAGCUCUUCUUUGGGAACACCCUCACUGGCGGCUGGUUCAGAACAUGAAACGGGACCGCCAGGACGUCGACAUGGGAGGCGGACCGGCCUCGCCGUCACCUUCGAUUGCAACCAUGGAUCUGGUCUCCAUGAUGGGCGACACCACGCCCCAGUCGGCACCUCCAUCACCACCGCCGGCGCCGAACACCCGAUCCAAGACCGUCCAAAAGGCCACCAACGCCAGCAAGAAGCCAGUGGCCAAGAAGGACCCGGAAGCCCCAAUGCCGGACGACGAGGAGUACAAGCAGUUUCUGGAACGGCAGCAGUUCCGGGCUUACAGCAAGCGAAGCCAAGCGGCUACGAGCUCCAAGGCCCCGCCAAGCAGGACCUAG